AUGCUUGAAUGCAAAAACAAGUCUCAUCCAUAGGGUGUUUGCCUUUGAUUCAGCCCGUUGUACCUCUGACAUCGAAGCAAGCUAACAUGCAAAGCGCAUGACCAUUGCAAAUGUCUUGCUGCCAAAGAAGUGGAUCUCGUUUACCAGUGAUAUGGGUGGCCGCAUGUAGCACGAUUAAGCUUUGCAGCUUCUGCUUCUGUCGAGAAGUAGCGGGUCAUUGCUGGCAUUGUCCGCUCGCAUAUUUUAUAAAGUAACAUUAGCUGACAUGUCUAACGGCGCCAGAGUAACAAUAUUUCUCAUUUCGUUCUUGACAUUAAAUGCGAGUGUUUAGUGGUAUAUCGGCACGGUACCUUUGAACGAGACUUUUUUUGUAUGCAGCCGAGCUUUGCAGGGCAGCCUACUUACAAGCGUUUGUCGAGUUUUACGGCGCGUCCUUUGGCGACGAUCGGAAGACACGGGGGUGAUGGGCGCCGAUAAGACAAAUGGAUCGGGGGAGCACACACAGAAGCGAUCGAGGAAUACAAACUCGGUACGCAAGUCGUCAGAAUUGGCUGGCCUUUCUUUACCCUUAAACUGGGCACGUGCUUCCCUCGUGUGCUGGUCUAGCCCGCGUGCCCACGUCGUGCCGACGAACGCCUCCGUUAGCGCCUGGAUCGGAAGCAUGGGUAAACGUUCGAAGAAACGUAGUCAGCGUGCCGUCAGUACUCCGAAGCCGUCGUCAGCACGAGCUGAAGUAGUGCCUCCCACGGCGGCUUCAGCGGCUACUGCUUCGGGUGACCAGCAGCCGCGCAAGCGCAAGAAGCGGAGAGCGAAACACCGCCGGAGAAGAAACGAAGAGCCAAUCCUUGGCGAAAUCACGCACCUGAACCCCAUCCAGCAGUAUGGGAUCAUCAACGAGGAGCACUACUUCAAGCUGAGCCUGGCACCGGGUGAGCACUUGACCGUGUCCACCAAGGUGCUCUUCCGCCUACAUGCCACCAGCCGGCAGGUUAGAGAGCUGUCGGUGCUGCCCCAGCCACCGCCUUCCAGCAUUGUGGCCAAGGUUACAAAAAUGGGCAACCACUGCCUCCACCUCAUGGAUGUCGCCAGACCUGUUCAGCUGUCGGCAGGGUAUGCGCCAGACUUCGAGGUGUGCUCAGGUGAUUGGGUGCGCCUGCAGCUUGACGAAGAGACUGGCGGUGCAACUGCAGUUGAAGCUCUUCGAUCAAAGCACAUUAUAGGACAGGUGACCCGCCUCACACCUACAGGCGGCAUCAUUGAACAGCAGAUAGUGUUCUCAGGGCACCAGUGGCCAACUGAUGCUGCAAGAUUGCAAGUUGGGCUGCAAGUCGCAGUUCAUGCCAUAGAAAGUGACCAGGGCAACCUUGCCUGGCGGGCAGUGUCAUUGGAGGUGUAUGAUGAGAAGGCAGGGCCAUCCAGCCAAUCCUGCCACAAUGGUAUCAUUGCAAGCAAACUCUGUCGUAUCCCCGAUGGCCUUGAUGCCCCAAAGGAAGUUGACUUCGGCCAAAUUUGUCCUGGGGAAAGCCACUCCUUGCAGCUUUGCAUCACGAAUGCAACGGAUAGGCCACACCUGCUGGUUUCAUGCAAGUUUAAUUCUGCAGCCAAGCAAGUGGCACUUGCUAAAGCCUUCCAGCCCUACUUGAUUGCAUCAGGUGACAACUACAACUUGGAUCUUGUGUGUAAAGCCAGCGAACUAGGCACAAGCAAUGAGAGGAUAGAGCUGGAAUUUGAGGAAGGCUUCUUCAUCCACUGUGUUGCCAGGGUUAGAGUGGUGGACCCUUUGGAGGCAAAACUGGCACCAUUAAGCAAGGCUCCUUCGGUCAAAAAAUUGCAGACUGUCAGUCGAGCAUUCCAGGAACAGCUUUGGACUGUGCCUGGCGAGAGAUGCCCCAUGCGCCAGGCAAAGCUUCCUGAAGGGUUGCCCCAUUUUCCAGUAAAUCCAGCAUUCUGGAAGAUGACAACUCGAGAGCUAGAGAGGUUCGUCAGCGGAUUGCUUCGUCAGCCUCUGUGUCCCGAAAACUACGUAGAAAAACUUCAGCUGCUGUUGCACCUAGAGGAAGUGCAGCUGAGCCGUGAUCUGGAAGAGCGAGUCCUCUGCCCAGCCCCUCUGCGCAUUGAUGGCUGCCAGGCUCGGCUAAACCUCACCUCGUGGCUGGAAGAGGCCCAGUUCCCACCCCGAGUUGGCGAUCGAGUGUUGCUGCAGCCAGCAGACGCCCCCAGCGCCCAGCUCAAUUUUGAAGGCUUUGUGCACCAGGUCAUGUCUGAUGAGGCCAUUCUGAGAGUGAGUCCUGCCUUCCACGAAGAAAUGGUGAAAAAUCCGGGACAGUCGUGGGAGUUGCGCUUCCAACUCAACCGCACCCCUUUGCGACGCUGCCACCUGGCUGUACGGAUCUCGCGGCCUCUGAUUCGUUCCUUGCUGUUUCCUAGAAAAGAGCCACAGACAGUGACAAAGAAGGGGCCUCUGAUGCUGGUCAACAAGCAGCUGAACGAGUUGCAGCAGGAGGCUGUGUAUCGAGUCAUGGUUGCAGCCAAAUGUUCCUUGCCAUACGUUGUCUGGGGACCUCCCGGCACUGGAAAGACUGUCACUCUCGUCGAGGCCAUCCUGCAGGUGUUCCUGAACAUAAAGCACAGCCGAGUGAUAGCAUGCGCACCAUCAAACAGUGCAGCAGACCUUCUGGCGGAGAAGCUUUGGAUGUCUGGCAAACUGGUGUCCUCGGACAUAGUGCGCCUCUUGGGUUUCCAGAGGGACGUAGAUACCGUCCCACCUCGUAUCAAGCACAUAUGUGUGAACACAGCUAACUUGAAGAAUGCAGCCCGUCACCGAAUCGUUGUGUCUACAGUGGUUACUGCAGGUGCUCUGUAUGGUCUGGGGCUUCCACCUGAUCACUUCACCCAUGGCUUCUUGGAUGAGGCAGGCCAAGCAACCGAGCCUGAGACCUUAGUAGUGGCGGGCUUGGUGUGCCUGGCUGGAGGAAGCCUCAUUCUGGGCGGAGACCCCAUGCAGCUGGGGCCGGUGGUACGGUCACGGCUGGCAGUCAAGGGAGGCCUCGGGGAGUCUCUGCUUCACCGCCUCCUCCUCGGCGGUAGUGGCACGAGCCAUCCAAAGCAGCUGAAUUGCCUGCCCCUCACGCGGCUUAGAAAUAGCUAUCGCUGCACGCAGUCCCUGCUGGAGCCAUACUCCAAGCUCUUCUACGAUAGCCAGCUUCUGAGCUGUGUGGGCAAACAAGAUCGAGGUGCCCUGCCCGACUUUCCAGUGUUCUUUCAUGGCGUGCGGGGCUGUGCACAGAAGGAAGGCAGCUGCCCUUCUUGGUUCAACCCAUCAGAAGUGGUGCAAGUGACACGCUACCUUCAACGAGCAUUUGGCCCUUGGGGCCUGCUGCCUGAGCAGGUGGGCGUUGUCACGCCAUAUCGUAAGCAGGCACAGAAGCUGCGUUGCCUCAUGGACUCCCUCGAUCUGCCUCACUGCAAGCUUGGUUCGGCCGAGGAGUUUCAGGGACAGGAGCGCAACCUCAUCAUUGUCUCUACGGUUCGAGGGAGUGAGGCUCUGUCAGCAAACAACAGCGGCCAAAACUUGGAUUUCAUCUUCUGUGCCAGGCGCUUCAACGUGGCCAUCAGCCGAGCCAGUGCCAUGCUUGUGGUUGUGGGCAACCCUGAUGUGCUCACACUGGAUGCAAAUUGGAAGUCUCUAAUGGACUACUGCUCAUCACACAUGACCUGUUACGGUCUGGCUGCUGAACCAGCGGCACCGUCACGUUGAAGUGCCUCAGGGCAAUGGCCCAAUGGAAUAUGCAUUUCUGUGAUAACUUAGCAAUUCGUAGCGUACCGUGAUUUUUGUUAGUUUUUAAUAAUGUUAUUUAUGUGUGGGAUCGUAAUGUGGGUCCACAAUCAUUUUAAUAAAUGACACGCCACGCAAUCCACAUCGUCACCGUGUAUUACAUUUUACCAUUCUUUUACUGUUCCAGAAUAUGUUUUCUUUGUUGUGUUAUAUUCAAGUGAAUAUGUGGGAAUUUGUGACGAUUUCUCGCUUCAUAAUGACGAUGUGCUUGCAGCUUAAACACACCUUACAAGCAAGGAAUAUUGUUGCCUUCUUUGAUUGUUGCUUCGAUAAGGCUUUGGCUAGAGCUAGUUGGUAUGACAUUGUUCUAUUUACUGUGCUGUAAUGUUAAAGGACAAAAUAGAAGAAACUAUGCAUGUGUGUCAUUUACUUUUGUUUUGUCCUCUGUGUAACAGUAUAGCGCAGUAAACAGUGAUUAUUGCUUGUAUAGUAUGUUCAAUAUUUCUAAUUUCAGCAUCUCAGUUUUGUAUUUUUUUCACUAGUGUUCAGAUGGCUUUCCUUAUUCAGUGCUCCUUUGAGAAUCGCUGUGGUCUGAAGUCUGUAAAACACGUUGAAAACCUAUGCUUGCUUCUUUGCUAUGGCUCAAGACAAGAACAUUGUGAGCAAAUUCAUACCUAUGCAGUGAUGGAACUGGCAGCUCUGUUGCGAACAUGAUGUGUACCUGAGAUUUCCUGCACGAUUUCGCCACUGGACAUCAUUGCACGUUGAGCCACGUAAUAGAUUUAUUCUGUAAUAGAACAACUAGACCUGUGAGAAAUAAAAUUGGGUUUUAUAUCUCUAA